AUGGAACGAUCUUUACCUCCUUGUUAUAGACUUCUCCACACGUCGGUAUUACGAAAUGACUUCCGAAGACUGGCAAUAUAUAUUCUCCUGCUUACUUACUUUUGCUACACACUUUAUCAUGCCUCACGAAAACCCCUUAGCAUUGUUAAGACGGUUCUUCAUCGUUCCGGCGUAAAUGGACAACUAAGAACUGUCGGUUUCACUUCUGACGGCUGGAAACCGUUUGAUUCUGACAAUUGGAGUCAGUUACUGGGUGGCCUUGAAUAUAUUUAUUUGUUUGUUUAUGCAGUUUCAAUGAUUCUAAGUGGCUUUCUUGCAGAAAGAGUCAAUUUAAGAUACUUCUUAUCUAUCGGAAUGUUUCUUAGUGGAGUUUCAACUUUUGCAUUUGGACUGGCUUCAUAUUUUGAAAUUCACUAUUACUCGUACUUCGUCUUUAUACAGGUGUUUUCUGGUUUUGUUCAAGCUUCUGGAUGGCCGGCUGUUGUUACUCUGGUGGGAAAUUGGUGGGGCAAAAGCAGACGGGGACUUAUUAUGGGUCUUUGGAAUUCUCAUACAAGUUUAGGAAAUAUCAUAGGUUCCGUCAUUGCCGGAAUCUAUGUUGAAGCAAACUGGGGGGCUUCUUUUUAUCUCCCCGGUCUUAUCAUGAUGGUUGGGGCGUUGGUUGUCUACCUGACAGUUAUAGAGCAUCCUAACAUGGUCUAUAACUCGGCUAGUUCCGAAAAAACAGGUACUCAAAUUCCAAUGUCAGGAAGCAUAUAUGGGGGAAACAUCGACCGCGUAAGGUCAGACAAAGAUGAUUUGAAGCCUUUAAUAUCGGAUAUCGAGGCCACUCGACCAAUUAAUUUCAUUGAAGCUCUUCUAUUACCAAGUGUGUUUACCUACUCACUCUUAUUAUUCUUUACGAAACUUGUCUCAUAUACAUUUCUUUAUUGGUUACCAAACUACUUAACCAUUGUUGAACAUGUGUCAGCUGAACAGGCUGCUAAACUUUCUGUGUUGUUCGAUGUUGGUGGCAUAAUCGGUGGUGUAUUGAUAGGAUGGUUUAGUGAUAGUCAGUCAAAUGGACAAAAUCUCAACGAAGAUGAAAAAACAAUAAAAAAACGUGCACUUGCUUGUCUUGUUAUGCUAGCUUGUGCGGCACCUUUGCUAUUAGCUUAUCGUUCUAUGACUUCUGCGAACUCGCUGAUGUCGUUAAUUUUACUUACAUGUUGCGGUUCUGCAAUCAACGGACCUUAUGCAUUAGUUACAACUGCUGUAUCUGCCGACUUAGGUACUCAGUCGGCCUUGCUAGGACGAACUCGUGCUUUGGCUACAAUUACAUCUAUUAUUGAUGGAAUGGGAUCAUUGGGUGCUGCGUUAGGUCCACUUCUGACUGGUUUACUAGUUCCAUAUGGUUGGUCUGUCGUAUUUGCUAUGCUUAUCACAUCCGAUCUACUGGCCAUGUUAAUGUCAAUAUGGAUUGUCGUUAAUUCAAGUCGCCGUCAACAUCGUCGAACAUAUUAUCGACUUCAAUCAACAAUUCCUAUUUAA